GUUGAUUAUAAGUGUAGGCAUUGCAAAUACGAAAGUCACAUACCACGCUAUGUACUGUACUUACUUUAAUGUUGUCACAUUUUUACGAACGCGUUAUUUUUGAUAGUUUUUUUGAAACCAAUCCUGGAAGUUUUUUUAUGGAAAUAAAAUAUGUUGGAAUUGCUCAGAUCGCCGUUUUUUGUCACAAAAGUUGUUGAAUUGGCUCUAUCAAUAAUAUGUUCCUUCUUAUUGGCUGGGAUUCUUCCAUCGGAUACAAUAUUUCAAAUUGAAGUCGUUCACACAACCAUUUUCGGAUUCGUUUUAGUGAAUUUAGUAGUUGUGCUCGCGUUCUUUUUUGAAGAACCGCUCAGCAGUAGACUAGCUAUUACAAUCAGUGCAGUAGCAACGGCGUUCCAUGUAGUCGCUGCUAUAAUCAUGUUCGGUUAUUAUCUAGCUGAAACCAACGUAUCGAGAAGAAUAUUAGCAGCAGCAUUUAUCACGCUUUUGGAUGCCGUGAUUUUCGGAGCUGAUUGUUUUUUUACGUGCAGAUACAUUCCGGAAUAAAAUUAAUUAUUUUUUUCUGUAAAAAUAUGGUAGGUGUAGGUAUAUGUUUACUUAUAUGUACCUACAGCCAUGUAUACCUAGGUAAGUACGUUUAUUAAGUAACAGUAUUGAUCGUGAUGUUAUCGGUUUCAAACGACGAGUUGUAAAUAGAGUAUAGGCUAAAUAAAUUUAAAAAUAAAAUAUAAAUUAUAGCCUAACAUUUCAUUCAAACUUGUACUAAAUAGUAGUGAAUAAAUCGAAGACUACAUUUUUUAA